AUGGCGUUUAUGGAGUUCGGGCUCGGGGCAUACUUUUUGGCACUUGUCUGCAUCAUCAUCUCCUCAUUGAUUAUAUCCUCUCUCUACUUCGAAUGGCCCCGCUGUUGGCUUUCCCUGGCAUAUAAAGGAUGCUCAACCUUGUUUAGCCAACUCCACAUCAAUAUCUUCCUCACCAACUCCCCCAAUGACCCCGAGAAAGUCCUCACAAAACUGGAACGUGAAGAUAAAAUUGGGUGGCAUACGAAACUAUGGGCUGGCUUGGCAUGGCUGCGGAAAGGGCGAAAGCCUAGCCGUGAAUUGAAUAUCGAGGAUCUUCGCAGGGAACACAGGCGUCGAAAUUCCGACCAUGGGUUGGUCGAACCUGUGGCGGCUAAGAGUGGCACAGUGGACAAGGCGACUGGAACUACACCGAAGGGGUCUGUGGGUAAGAAGCAGGGGAAAAAAGGCAAAAAGAAGAAAAGGCGUUGA